UGGCUGAGAAGCAUGUGUUAGAACACGUCGGGGAAUCGUGAUGUAUUAAACUUAUGGAUAAAAACAGAUUGGAUUGUAGGUCAAAUACAGACUCCUGGGCCCAGAAUGCACCCUGAUCUCUCGCCACAUCUCCACAGUGAAGAAUGCAAUAAGUUGAUAAAUCAGCUCCAUGAUUGUCAUAAUGAGAACAGAUUCAUGAAGUUCAUGGGAGUAUGCAAUGACUUUGAUAGAGCUGUAUGGAAGUGUUUAAAAGCUGAGCGUAUUGCAAGAAGGACAAGGAACAGAGUUUCAGGUGAAGAGCACAGGAAAAAGGUUCUUGACAAAAUCCAGGAAGGACAUACAUGGAACAAAGAAAAGUAACUGAUGUCGUCAUCAUAACAGGCUGAUAGAUUUUAAUAAAUAAUAUUUUUGUAGCAAUUUUGAAGACAACCAAAGACUUCUCACCAUGGUGUUUGGAGAUAUACCCAUAGAAGAGUCUGUGGUCUUAGACCACAACUAUCCAAGUGUGAGUGAGAGAUAUUUCACCAACUACUAUUUUAUACCAGAUGACUUGAGCAAGUCAAGCUCAGCCAGUGGGUGUGAAAAGUCUGAAAAUGAAAAAGAUCGCACAGAAAACAUGAAUUCUCAAGACACCAAGGAAGAUGUUACUCCAGCAGAUAAAGAGAAUUCUGAUACUUUUGAAGAAGAUAAAGAAAGUUUACCAUCACCAGACAAAACUGGACAUACAUGUGUCAUGGUUCACACCAACAAGUUGUGUCUACUAACUCUCUCUCACCGGCACCCUGUCCUAGCAGAGAAGAAGGAGAUUACAGAUAUUAAUUUUGAUGUGGGCAAAUUCAAUCGCUUAAACAACCAGGUGUCAGGAAAGGGUAAACGAGGUGCCCAACAAAUGGGUCUCAGGUCACCACUAUGCAUUAUCACAUGCUCUGAUGCUUCUCAGUACACUGUCUUAGCAGGAGUAAAUGGUAAACUGGUUGAGGUUAAUGAACGCCUCAUAUCAACUCCCCAGUUGCUGACACAGAAGCCCAAUGCAGAAGGUUACUUAGCUAUUGUCUUGCCUCCACUGCGAAAUGGAGUUUUUGGAAGAAGUAAACUCUUUUCAAAGGAAGAAUAUGAGGCUCUUCUGUGAAUGCCAUUGCUCAUUCCAUGUAUAGAUAUUCUGUUAUUGUUUAUUCUGGCAUGGGCUGAUGUUUUUACUAGUGAUGAUUUUACACAAAUGUUCUUCAGUCUUUUGGUCAUGUAAAUAAAAGAAGAGGUAGUAAAAUGGCUUAUUUAUAUCCAAAGGCAGACUCCAGUUGCUAUCAUGUGAAUUUACCACAGGCCAGUCAUUAUUUCACAGUAAUGCAUAGGAUGAAAUUCAGAACACAAUAGUCUUAAAGAUAAGACAAGCUUUGAAUUACCAUUCAUACCAUUGAUUUGCUGUAUGUCAUUGAAAGCAAAAAAAUGUCCUUAUUUCAGAAAUGUAUUUUUAUAACCAUGAAGUAUUUUUUUUUUAUUUACAUCCUUGAGCGCAGUUGGAAGUUUUAGACAGCAUCUGUGAAAGUUCAGUUAGGAGGAAGAAAGUAUUAUAUGAAGGAAAUCAUUAAAAUUAUCCACAAU